UAGAAGCUUUCAUCUGAACGCUUUCACUUGAAAGAACUUGUGUUAGUCAUUCAUCACCAACCCUUUUAUCUAAAACCUUUUGAAUGUUUUCUAAAAAGGUUUUAGAAAAGCUUGCCAGAAUCUAAAAGCUUUUCAAUUAGUCAUCAGUCAUGAACUCUCAGAGAUAAGAUGUUUAAACCUUCCUCUCACGAUAUGUUGAUGUUUUCCCAAAAUGGCAGCUUGUAACAGUGGCAGCAGCAAUUCAGCUGCUCAGAUUGAGAAACCUAAGAGAUCAAGCAACUGGACCGAGGUUGAGACAAGUGCUCUGAUACGUAUAUGGAAUGAAUAUUUAUCAGACCUCCGAACAGCCAAGAGAAAUGCAAAAGUAUAUGAAAAAAUAGCUGAAGAAUUUUUUGAAGCUACUGGGAUAAGUCGUGAUAAGGACCAAAUCAGAACCAAAGUUACUAAUUUGACCUUUCAGUACAGAAAACUCAAAGCUACAUGUGGAAAUGUUGCCUCAUCUUCGUAUUGGCCAUAUUAUGAAGCUAUCCACAGGAUGCUUGCUCAGUUCCCUGGACAGGAUGAAGUCAAUAUAUCUGACAGUGUACUACAGAUUCCUUCAGUUUCCAAAUCAGAAGCUCCUUCAUCCCCGCAAAAACAAACUUCACUUCCAAACGUAUCUGAUGAUGUCUUGAUAUCCGAGGGAAGUUCUUGUGAAUCUGAGCUCAUGGAAAAUUCAUCCAGUUUUCAUUCUUCACAACUCAGAUAUGAAUCACAACCAAUUAAAAAGAGGAAAACAUCAAACGCUGACUUACAUAAGAAGCGUAUAAGACUAAUGGAAUCAAUGCUGGAAGAACAAAAGAAAAUCAGUGCAGCCGUGGAAGAAACAAAUCGAGAGGUGCAAAGAAUCCUUGAUCAACAAACUCUCUUACUAAAUCAAAGCUUGCAGCUGCAGAAGCAUAUGUUACAUUUGUUGGAAAAAGUAGUUUGCCAGCAUGGUGCAAAUAAAACAAGUGUUUUUUAGUACACAGAUAGCAAGAACUGCGGAUG